UACAAAUCUACAUGCACCUUAAAACAUUCAAUUUGUUUCUCCUACUACUACUACUACUACACACACACACACACACACACAUACACACACAUUUUGUCGCGAACACAUCUCUAACAGCGCUCACCCUUAUUUUUUUUUAGGCACCACCUCCCGCUAGCGAUACUCUUCCCAACACCGCUGAAUCUGCUGCUGUUGAAGCCAAGUCUUCCAAGAUGAUUGUCGAGCGCAACAUCAAGCUCGUCACUGAGCAGCAUAACAUUCCUAAGCCGUCUCCCAUGACGGAGUUUCCUAUGAAGGAAUGGAGCGUCAAGAUUUACCUUCUUGACCAAGCUGGAAACGAACACCCCGCCAACUGCUUUACCAAGGUCACUUACAAUCUUCACCCUUCCUUCGAGGAUAAGACUCACCAGACCUUUACCGAGCACCCUUUCACCUGCGAGAACGAAGGCUGGGGCGAGUUCGAGAUGUCCAUCGACCUUUUCACCACGGAGAAGGGUGGCAAGACCACUGUCUACCACGAUUUGAACUUCCAAUCUCCCCGAUACGAAGCGAUCCAAACAGUCACCUUCAAGAAUCCUUCUCAGGCACUGCUCUCUAUCCUCCGUGAGACUGGCCCAAUUCCCAACGAGGAUGAUUCGAAGGCCUCUGCCAAGGCUCGCAAGGCCAACGACUUGAAGAAGAAGAAGGCCGCAUUCGAUUUCGAGAAGAUGGCCGACGGACUCGGCAAAUUGAACGAGGAGGACCUCCUCCAGGUCAUUCAGAUGAUUCACGACAACAAGGCGGAUGACACCUACACGAAGAACGAUAUUGACGCUGGUGAAUUCACUGUUGAUCUGUACACGCUGCCCGAGCAUCUUUCUCGUAUGAUCUGGGAUUUUCUGGUUGACCUGAAGCACAUCUCUUAGAUGUCAUGUCAAUUGUAAGAUCACAGACCUUGUGGGCUGAUGUGUACACGGACGGAACUUGAGGAUUCGGUCACCUCAACAUAGGGGCCAAGGUUGCAUUUUGCAUUUGCGUCGGCGUUUCAGGGAAUUGGAACCAAGGCACCUUUUUUUUAGGGUUGGCCAAAAAAUGAAUAAUGGCAUUGGUUGAUAGGAGGCAAUGGUGACAUUGGCGUAUGGUUUGGUUGCGUUUCAACGCUUCAUCCAACGCACGAUACCCCCCAGAGCUUGUUCCCAUUUAGCCUGGGCACUUCGCAAUUUGUUCCCCAACAAGUCGAUGACUUUGAUAAUAAGAUAGUAUGUGUGCUAUUGUGUACAUUAGGCUACAGAUUCGUAUCAAGAUAACAAUAGGUGCUACGUUUGUUUUGAAUUGUAUGCCUACUUAACCUAUGCCUACAACCAACUACACCUAUGUACUGGGCUAGUCAGGUCUAAGUUCUAACUACUAGGUACCAAGGGUAGGUAUUAUAUAUAUCGAUACCCAGGGAUGUAAAGGUAAGGGUGUAGGUUCAUGACUUGUGAUAGGCGGCCUCUCGAUUUGUGAUCCCUGUAAGGAAUUGAUACUAAAAAAGAAGAAGAAAAAGAGAAAAG